GUCCAGGGUCUCUGUAUAAAUAAGUUCAUCCAUUUAGUAGUGCCGCCAAACUCCAGAAGAGCUGCAAGAAGAGACAAGCUGCAGUCACAUGAGACUUAGCUCUUCAGUUUGCGCAUCUUUAAGGAUCUCCACGUAGGUUGAAUUUAAGAAAAAUGGAGCAUCUGGAAAACUCAACAGCAUCACCCAAACUCUUCUCCUCACAGAGCAGCGCAAACUCCCAGGCGGACAAAAGCGACGGGAACGCAUACCUGUACAUAUUAAUAGUGAUGUCUUUCUACGGAGUCUUCCUCUGUGGUAUACUGCUUGGCUAUUUCCGUUCCAAGAGAAGGGAGAAGAGGAGGACCAACAUCUUCACGCGCCUAGUGCACGAGGAGGAGCAACGGGAGUGGGGCGCGCUGCCCAAGAAGCACAGCCUCACUUUUCCCGCCGCUGUCUCCGGACUGUGCUCGGUGCAGGUGUCCCUGCCUUUCUGCGGUAACCACGACAACCACUUUGGACUCCUCCACUACGACGGAGUGCUGCCCUCUCCGCUGGCGUGCGCGCUGUGCACGGAGCAGAGCAGCAUUAGCUCCCUGUGCUCCUCCGCGGACACGCGCUUUGCCAUAGAGGAGGAGACGGACAGCGGCACGGCGGAGGGACCGGAGGAGAACAUGAAGGGAGGAUCCGAGAACAGCGGAGACGAUUCGGGCUGAAAUCCGCCCAGAGAGUCGGUGUCUUCACCAUCUGCGGACAAAAAAGAGGAGAAACAUCGCCUGGAGAGAGGAGCAGGCGGUUGUGAAGAGUUUUCGUAUCACAGAAGCUCAUACAGUUCAACCAUGAAUCCUCUGUUUGCCAUUAAAAACCAUUAUCACGAUAAGAUCUCCAUGAAAGGCCUGAAGAAGGUUAAACAGGACCAUGUGAAAUGUUUUACAUCUUACUGUAGGCCACAUACAUGUAUGGCCAUGUUAGAACUUUAGUUAGUUUUUAGUUCUUUAAAUAUAUAGAAGUGUCUUCAUUUUAAAUGAUAACACGUGAGAUUGAAAUUUCUGACUACUCUAGACUUUCAUGUUAUAACUUAUAUCAGUCAUAGUGAAUGUAAUUCAGUUCAAUUCAGUACAACUUUACUUAUCCCUGUGAGGGCAAUUGUAUAUGCAGCAGCUUACCAGCCAGGUCAACACACACUGUUAAUCACAGAGUUAAAGCAAUCAAAGGCUACGUGUUUAAAAACUAUAUGAGGAAUUGUUAAUAAAUACAUGAAUAACCUAAAAUAACAGCUGUACAGAAAAGUACAGAUACAUAGCAAAAUGAAUCUUGGCAAUACACAGUAAAAAUAAAACAUAUUAUUACUAUAGUGCAUUAUUAUUUUAUUGUACAACAAUGACUUUGCCUCAUUUUGGUGACGACCCCUCCCUGCUGGAGCUCCCUUCUGACACCACCUCACUGGUUUGGGCUGAUGACUCACCCUGCAGGGAGACUGAGUGAGAGACUGAGACUUUUUGGCUGUUUGGACUGAACUUGACUCGCUCUUGCCGACACGGUCUGGAGUAUCAAAAAUGUACCUGGAACCCACUUGAAAGAUUGUCUGAACUAAAAGAAAAUGUAUUCGUUGUAGCUUCAUAAUGGACACACUGUUUAUACACAGUUGAUGACGUAGGUUUACUUGAAGAAAGCAAUGCACUGUACAUAUGGUUUGUAUUUGUCACUCUGUAAGGAUUAAUUUAAGAUGGAAAUCUUUGUAGUGUUGCAGAAAAAAAGACCACCUCUGAAUUGA